AUGCCAUUGGAGCUGGCGGACGGUGGGCAGCCAGGGCCCUUCGCCUACGACGGUCACCAAGCCCCCCUGCUUGGCGGCACUAGCGGCUGGCUGCCUCUCUGUGCUGUGUGCUGGCGCCGGGUGCGCGCGGGGAUCCUAUAUAGCUGUCCAAUCCCGUGCCCACCGCUCAGUCUGAACCUGCCACCACCAAUGACGUCGCCACAGCAGCGCAUCAUCGUGCAGAUGAACCAGGAGCGCAGGCUCGCGCUCGAGGACUACCUUACUACAUAUGGGCGUGUGCCAAUCGGAACCAAAGUCAACGAGGUGCGCCUCGCGGACAUCGAGCUGGACCACCUCACGCUGCGUUUUCGCCAUAGCGACGUGGAGCUCGAGAUCGAAAAGACAAUUGCCCUUGACCCGCCGCUGCAGCACUGGGACGAAGCCCCGGCGCGUCUAGACGCAAUGGCGCUCGAGGCAGCCGCCCGCCGCGGCUUGGCUGCGGUCCAGGUCCGCGGCGGCGCCGCGCCAUCGGCCCUCGGCUGGCUGCUCAUCGGUCUUAUCUACCUGCCUGCGGCCUGCUACUACGAACCGCGCUUGCUCGCGUGGGCGGUGCCUGGCGCGCUGUUGCAGCGCUCCGUUCUGCAGUCCGUGUUCGCGGGGGUGGCCGUGUGCCACAUCGCCGAGUGCAUGCUGCUGCUGCGCCCGCGCCUGCACACCUACCGCGUGCCCACGGACUAUCGCAUCGAGUGGUACUUUUUUGGACUGCUGGAGGGCUAUCCUGCCAUCAGACGCUUUGACAGGGCCGCCCGCUCGCUGAAAUCAAGGCCAACUACGUAG